AUGGCGACCCCAACGCUUACCAACCCUUCCUUAACUGCUGCGAUCUGCUCGCUCGAACACAGAGCUUGGGCAGCUCUAUGCAAUUCCGGCACCGACCUCGUCCCGCUCCUCUCCAGCAAUCCUGUCAUGAUUUUUCCGGGCGAUCUCAUCCUUACUUCAGUAUCCUCCCCAACAGUCCACGACAUGCUGCAAGGUCCCGAGUUCAAGCCAUGGCAGUCAUAUAAACUCAGCCACGAUGAAGUUGUCAUACUGGGCAAGGACAGCGCACUCAUUUACUAUCGCGUAGAGGCGACGAGGGCCGGCGAGACGUUCAGGGCUAUAUGCUCGAGCGCAUGGGUGCUGGAAGGUCGUACAGAUGGUGCGACAGGUGAUUGGAAGAUGGCUCAUCACCAGCAGACACUGAUCUAG